GGGCCUUGCGGGGGGGGGAGGACCUGGUCCCACCCCCUCCUUCCUUUCCUCUACUCUCUCGGAGUCCCGCUCACUUCCCGGCAACCCUUGCAAAGCGGAGCGCCCCGAGCUCAGCCCCCCCCAUCUAGAAAUGAUGAAUGGGGAGCAGCCCCGCCCUUGGCACCCGCCCAGAGAGGUUUUACUGAGUGUGCGCAAUGCGCUGCUUUCCUCCUGGGCUCUUGCUUUGCAGAGAGACGAGAAAAGAGGAGUGAGCUCGGGGUGCUCGGCUUGCCAAGGGUUAAAAGCAACGGGGCUGGAUUCCUAGAGAGGAGAGGAGAUGCAAGAGGGGAGAAGUCCUCCAGUGCAAAAGCCCCUCCCUCCCCAGUGCAUAUUUUGACAGCCCCUUCUGCCUGGGACCUGGUGAGUCUCCUCUCUCUCCCCACUUAGGGUGCACUGGGGAGAAGGGGGUCCCAGGGCUGCAGGGGAGGGUGCAUGGAGGGGGGCUGUUCAGCUUAUGCAAGGGGGACCCCCCCCAAGUGAGGCUGCAAUGGGGAGAAGGCGAAGGGCAAACUCUCUGUCUUUUUUUGUGAAGGAAAUGCCCACCUACAGGGCACUGCAAUAAUGCCAUCUGCGCCUGGCAUCUCUGUCCCACUGUGGCUGCUCAGCUGGCCGGAACUGGAACUGGUCACUCCUAGUCACUGAGCCCCCCUGAGCCUCAAGGGACCAUGGUGGACCCCAGAGGACCCUCAAGCAUAUCUGGCUGUGUGGGGGCUAAGUCGUGUAACAUCGUCAUCAUUAAUUACCUGCCCUUCACCCUAGAUUCCCACGGCAGAAAACCACAUUAAAACACAAUAUCAAAAACAGCUUAAAACAACUUGCAGAAAGGAGGUGAGUCCUACUUUACUCACUUUUCACGGCUAUUCUUUGGCAUCACCCACUUGGCCCUCAGGGGGGUUGGAUCUGGCCCUAAGAACAAAGAAAAGGGCGUCCUGACCCUGUAGUUUUUCUUGAAUACAUUGUCGAUUCCCAGUGCUAGAAAAUGAAGCAGGAAAGAAAUGUGGACUGAAGUGGGGGAGGGAGAGAGUGAUGUCCAACCCUCUUUCUUUGCUUUGUAGAAUUUGGUAUCACUUCUGAUUUGGACAGACAGAACUUGGCAGAAGACCAAAGGAUUCCUUCUGAUCUCUUGGAGGCUUCUUGAGAGCCCAGAUGGAUGAGCCAGACUCAGCUGGCCCUGAAGCAGGAAGAGGCCAUGCCAUGGAAACUGAGAGCAGUGGGGGAUUAUGGGAAAACUCAGUGCAGAAGAUCCUGGGUGAGGAGGACACUCUCCGCUCAGAUGUGCAGAACCAGCAAUUUAGGCAGAUGUGCCACCAGGAGACCAAAGAACCCCGUGAGGUUUGCAGCCGACUCCACCACCUUUGCCAUCAGUGGCUGAAGCCAGAAAGGCACACGAAAGCUGAGAUGCUGGACCUGGUGGUCUUGGAGCAGUUCUUGGCUGUCCUUCCACCACAGAUGGAGAGCUGGGUGAGGGAAUGUGGAGCGGAGACCAGUUCCCAGGCGGUGGCCCUGGCCGAAGGAUUCCUCCUGAGUCAGGCAGAGGAGAGGAAGCAGGCAGAGCAGCAGGUGAGAGAGACUGUCCUCUGGAUUCUCCCAAGGGGCUCCAAACAGGAGGCAGAGUAUCCAAAAUAGCUCUACUUUUUUUUUUAAGCUUCCAAGGAAUUAUCUCUGAUGCCCCAAAAGGUUUUGCCUCUGCCAUUCCACUUCUAGGCGUUCUUCCCAUUUCCUGUUUUAAUCUUUGUUGCUAUUUCAGGGGAAAUAUCAAUUUGCAGAAAUGAGCGCCAAUCACUUUGAGGCAGAGAGGAUUCCAUUGAUGACUGAAGAGAGGCCACUGAGUAAGAAUAAAUUAAUUUUUCCAUCUCUUUGAUAACAUUGUGUGUAUUUUGUAACUAAUGUGUGUUUUUUCUCCAUCUUUUUGGAGAGACACUUGGGGCCAAGAGCCCAAAGGAGGGGAGAUGUAUUUUUACAUAGCUAAAAUAUGAAAUGUGUCCAAAUGUCCAAAUGCAUGCACCAUCUGCAGUUAGAGCGGCAUAGCUUCAGCUCUGACAGAAGCAUGCACUCAUGGCUUCUUGUUUACCUUUGUCUCUUGCAGGUGACAGAAUGGUGCUGGAAAGACCUUCCCAUCCAUCUUUUAAUGGUGGUGGAAGGGAAGCAGCAGCUAUGGAACCAGAUCAGGUAGCAGGAAGGAGCAUUGUGGGGAAAGAGGCUGAGGGUGGGGCAGCCAGGAUGCCUCUGGGGCUGAGCGAAUCUCCCUGAGAGUAAUGAACAGCCACCUCCACUUAACUAGGCUUCUGAAUGUUGCUAGCAUUAUUUAUCAGUAGUUGCAGUUUAAUUUCUAUAUUGAUUGUUGAAUGCUAAAAUAGGCUUCUAAGCAGUUGACAAAGUAUCCAAAACAUUGACCAGGGUUCACCUAAACAGCCCCACCAGGUGCACAAUGGGGUUUCCUUCCGAUGCCCCCCUUGAGGUUGGCAAUAGAGCAGCAGGAGGGUCCCCUGAACACUGAACAGUGCACAGGGAGAGGAGAGGGGAGGUCCUUCCAUCUGGCAAACGAACACUUACAGAGACAGCAUGAGUUGAAGAACACAGUGCAGAGUUCCACCCAUUUACAUCAAAAGUAGUACCCAUUGUUAAAAUAGGUAAAGGUACCCCUGUCAGUUAAGUCCAGUAGCGAACAACUCUGGGGUUGCAAUGCUCAUCUCGCUUUAUUGGCCAAGGGAGCCGACGUACAGCUUCCGGGUCAUGUGGCCAGCGUGACUAAGCCGCUUCUGGCGAACCAGAGCAGUGCACAGAAACACCGUUUACCAUCCUGCCAGAGCGGUACCUAUUUAUCUGCUUGCACUUUGACGUGCUUUCAAACUGCUAGGUUGGCAGGAGCAGGGACCGGGCAACAGGAGCUCACCCCGUCACGGGGAUUCAAACCGCUGACCUUCCGAUCGGCAAGUCCUAGGCUCUGUGGCUUAACCCACAUCCCUAAUCUAAUCGUUAAAAUACUCAUCAUUAAAGUACACAAUAAAAUAAUUCCAUUAAGUGGUUAGAAAAAGAAGCCAAACACCCCCUUAAAACAACACAGCCAUUCUGUCUAAGAAGAGGAUUUUCUCUUUUUAUUUUAGGGUCCAGUCUGCUUUGAAGAUGUCACUGUCCAUUUCACAGGCGAGGAGUGGGCCAUGCUGGAUCCUGACCAGAGAGCUCUGCAUAAAGAAGUCAUGGAGGAGAAUCGUGGGAUCGUGGCCUCUCUUGGUAAGGCUCCCUGUCAGAUCAUAUUAUCUGUUUUGAAAUUCAAUUCAUACCUCUAUGUGAUGAGCCUCCAAUAUUCUGAUGGAGCUUAAGAGCACGACCUCCAGCAGUGGCGAUUUGGAAACUCCCCCCCCCCUCCAGUUUUGCUUUUUUAUAGAAGAUAGUAAGAUUAAAAUGAUUGGGCUGGGCUGGUUAGGAAGGAGGUGGUAGUUUCUGUCAGAUUUAUUAUUAUUAUUAUUAUUAUUUUGCUUCUGUCCAAUUUCAGUUGACUAAAGAGAUGACUGGCAUUGGAAAUUGGUGUUGAAUCCAUGACUGGACCAAGCAAAGUCCACUCCGGAAAAUAGCCAGGCUUUUCAAACCUCAGGUUCCCAUAAAUAUGUUAGCUAAUGCCUUUCAACAAAUGUGGUGAUCCAUGUAGUGAGACUUCCUAAUUCCCUUCAGUUCUUCCUGUAUCACAAGUGUUAAUUAGCAUUGUUCAAUAAUUUGAGCUGCAUUUCUUCCUGUAAUCUGGAUGUAAUCCAUUUCUCUUUCCGUUCCAGGUGGUGAUGAAUUGGAAAUUAAGAACUGGAAAGACCAAGACCUCAGGCUCUAAUCUGUUUCUAUUUUUGUUUCAGGUAGUGGUGAAAUGGAAAUUAAGAACAAGAGGGACCAUGAUAAAAUCCACACAGUGCAGAAGCCAUAUAAACAUUUGGAGCAUGGAGAGAGCUUCAGUCACCACUUCAUUUCCAUUUCCCAUCAAAUAAAUCCCUUUGGGAGGAAACCCUAUCAGUGCUUGGAAUGUAGAAAGAACUUUAGUCGGAAGGAUAGUCUGACUUCCCAUCAAAGAAUUCAUAGAGGGGAGAAACCAUAUCUGUGCAUGGAAUGUGGAAAGAGCUUCACUCAGUGUGCCCAUCUCACUUCCCACGAAAGAAUUCAUACAGGGGAGAAACCACAUCAGUGCUCAGAAUGUGGAAAGAGCUUUAGUGUGAAGUCAAAUCUCACAGCCCAUCAAAAAAUUCAUAUCAGGGACAAACCGUAUCAGUGCAGGGAAUGUGGAAAGAGCUUCACUCAGAGUGCCCAACUCACAUCCCAUCAAAGAAUUCAUACAGGGGAGAAACCAUAUCAGUGCUCAGAAUGUGGGAAGACCUUCAGUAAAAGGGCCCAUCUCACUUCCCAUCAUAUAAUUCAUAUAGAGGGGAAACCCUAUAAGUGUUUGGAAUGUGGAAAGAGCUUCAGUCAGAGUGCCCAUCUCACUUCCCAUCAGAGAAUUCAUACAGAAGGGAAACCACAUCAGUGCUUAGAAUGGGGACAAAACCUCACAGUGAUGUCCAAUCUCACAGCCCCUCAGAAAAUUCAUACAAGGGAACAACUAUUUUAUUGCUUGGAAUGUGGAAAGAGCUUCCGUCAAAGUGCCCAUCUCACUUCCCAUCAAAGAAUUCAUACCGGGGAGAAACCGUAUCCCUGUUCCAAAUGUGGAAAGAGCUUUAGUGACAGGGCCAAUCUCACUUCGCAUCAAAGAAUUCAUACGGGGGAGAAGCCAUAUCAGUGCUUGCAAUGUGGAAAGAGCUUCAGUCAGAGCAAUAAUCUCGCCUCACAUCAAAGGAUCCAUACAGGGGAGAAACCGUAUCAGUGCUUGGAAUGUGGAAAAACCUUCAGUCACAGCCACCAUCUCCUUUCCCAUCAAAGAAUCCAUACAGGGGAGAAACCAUAUCCUUGCUUGGAAUGUGGAAGGCGCUUUAGUGACAGGGCCAAUCUCACCUCACAUCAAAGAAUCCAUACAGGGGAGAAACUAUAUCAGUGCUUGGAAUGCGGAGACAGCUUCAGUCGUAAGAGAAGUCUCACUUCACAUGAAAGAACUCAUAGUAGGGAGGAACCAUUUUAAAUCCUUAGAAUGUGGAAACAUCUUCAAUUCCAAGAUGAGUCUCACUUUCCAUCAAAAAAUUAGUACAGGGGAGAAACUGUAUCACUAGUUGGAAUGUAGAGAAAGCUUCAGUCUGAGCCCCCAUCUCACUUCCAGUCUAAGAAUUCAUCCAUGGGAGAAGCCACAAGAGUGCUGAGAAUGCGGAAAGAAGUUCAAUGAGAGGGCCAAUCUCAGUCCAUCACAGAAGUCAUACAUGGGAGAAAUAUAUGUUGGAAGAAAGAUGGUAUUAGAAAACAAUCAAACCUAAAGAAAUUCUUGUGCACAUGUGAGAAAAAUGAAUAUUCUCUGUUGGCAGAGUUAAAUAAUUUUUCAUAUUGUAUAGAUUUUGCUUUAGUUGUUUCAUGCUUUUAUGGGAUUACGUAUCAGUGUAUCAAUGAGUGAUUUGAUUCUUAUGCUCCUACAGUUUGCAGAUCUCUCACGCCACACGUCUACACUGCAUUCCAUGCUGAUCUGACCCUGGCUUGUGGGAGGUGUAUUUGCAUUACUAGAAAGGCACAAAUGCCCAGCCAAGGAGGGAGGUUUUGCAUUAGAACUGGAGUGCUAAUUAAGCGGCUCCUUGAAGUGUGCCAGGGACAUGGAAGGACGAUUUGCCCCUUACUGAAGGCAACUGGAGGCUAAGUGCCAAAGCUGAAACCUGAGGGUUGGGGUUCCCCAAGAUAAAUGAGGGGAGCUGAAAACAGAGUCGAGGCAGAACUUUUACUCUCCUUUACCUGUGACCUCUUUUGAUGUAUGCAGUGAUGUUUUGUGAUGUAUAGCAGCUAUUUGUAUAAAACCCUAUAAAAGCUUUGUUCAAAUGUUCCUUUGGGGCAGUCUUUUCUAGCUGGCAAAACUGCCCUAUUGUGCAAUAGUUUUAAUAAACCAAGUCCCAACAGGACACUUUUGUUUGC